GGGUUUGGUUCCCGAACCCCGGAAGUGGCGGCUUCAGUCGAAUUCAGCAGCCGAAGGAGGAGGACGGAACGUGAAGAUCAACACCAGCGGCGGCAAUUCUUUCUCUGUGUGCCUGCCUCCUCCUUCUCCUUCGGGGCAUCCUGCCGGGUUUUCCCAGCGUUCGCGGCUGGAAUGGUGCUGGCGCCGGCGUCCGCUGCCGGUGUUUUAAGGAGGAGGAGCCGCCAUGGAGAUGCUGCUGCUGCAACCCUUGGGAUGUUCCAAACUCUGUCAGCAGAAACCUCCGAAUCUGCAAGAUGAUGAUACUGAAAAGCAUUGUCCUGUUACAGUGAAUCCUUGGCAUAUGAAGAAAGCUUUUAGAAUAAUGAAUGAAUUAAGAAGCCAAGAUUUGCUAUGUGAUGUGACUAUAGUUGCUGAAGACAUGGAAAUUGCCGCACACAGAGUUGUGUUAGCAGCUUGUAGCCCUUACUUCCAUGCCAUGUUUACAGGUGAAAUGAGUGAGAGUCAAUCAAAGAGAGUCCGAAUAAAGGAAGUUGAUGGCUGGACCCUCAAGAUGCUCAUUGAGUUUGUUUACACUGGGGAAAUUCAGGUGACAGAGGAAAAUGUACAGGUGCUUCUCCCGGCAGCUAGUUUAUUGCAGUUGCAGGAUGUCAAGAAGAGCUGCUGUGACUUUUUGGAAACCCAGCUUCAUCCUGUCAAUUGCUUGGGCAUCCGUGCUUUCGCUGACAUGCAUGCGUGCAUAGAACUUCUGAACAAGGCCAACAUGUAUGCAGAACAGCACUUUACAGAGGUUGUACUCACAGAGGAGUUUCUGAACAUGGGUGUAGAACAGGUGUGCAGCUUAAUAUCAAGUGAUAAACUUACAAUAACAUCUGAGGAAAAGGUAUUUGAAGCAGUGAUAGCUUGGGUUAACCAUGACAAAGAUGUGAGACAGGAGCUCGUGGCACGCCUGAUGGAACAUGUUCGCCUGCCAUUGCUCUCCCGAGAGUAUUUGGUUCAGAGAGUUGAAGAGGAGGCACUUGUCAAAAACAGCAGUGCAUGUAAGGAUUAUCUCAUUGAAGCGAUGAAGUAUCAUUUGCUGCCACUUGAGCAAAGAGUGCUAAUAAAAACCCCACGAACAAGACUGAGAACACCAGCCUGCCUUCCAAAACUGAUGGUGGUGGUUGGAGGACAAGCACCAAAGGCUAUCCGCAGUGUAGAAUGUUACGACUUUAAAGAAGAACGUUGGCACCAAGUCCUUGAGUUGCCUUCCAGAAGAUGCAGAGCAGGAGUGGUAUACAUGAGUGGCCUUGUCUUUGCUGUUGGUGGAUUCAAUGGGUCCUUGAGGGUCCGUACAGUUGAUUCUUUUGAUCCUGUGAAGAACAAGUGGUCAAGUGUUGCAAAUAUGCAAGACAGAAGAAGCACUUUGGGGGCUGCUGUAUUGAAUGGACUUCUGUAUGCUGUCGGAGGAUUUGAUGGAAGCACAGGAUUAUCCUCAGUAGAGGCCUAUAAUAUGAAGACUAAUGAAUGGUUUCAUGUGAGUCCAAUGAACACAAGGAGAAGUAGUGUUGGCGUAGGUGUAGUUGGAGGUAUGUUGUAUGCUGUUGGUGGCUACGAUGGUGCAUCACGCCAGUGCCUUAGUACAGUGGAAUGCUAUAACUGUAAUACAAAUGAAUGGACUUAUGUUGCAGAAAUGGGCACUAGUCGUAGUGGAGCAGGUGUUGGUGUCUUAAACAACUUACUGUAUGCUGUAGGGGGUCACGACGGCCCUUUAGUUAGAAAAAGCGUUGAAAUGUAUGAUCCUACCACCAAUACAUGGAAAAAGGUCGCAAAUAUGAACAUGUGUAGGAGAAAUGCAGGCGUUUGUGCUGUGAAUGGACUCUUAUAUGUAGUUGGAGGAGAUGAUGGUUCCUGUAACUUGGCAACAGUGGAAUAUUAUAACCCAACAACAGAUAAGUGGACAGUUGUAUCAUCCUGUAUGAGUACAGGCAGAAGCUAUGCAGGUGUCACUGUUAUUGAUAAACCAUUGUGACUGGCAGAAAUAUUUUCCACUUUGAUUAUGCACUAGAAGCAAGCUUGAAUAAGUGGUGUUGAAGCAAUUGAGCAUCAAAGCACUUCUCAGCUUGUAGCUGCACAUUGAGACAUAUUGAAAGAUGUGAUCUGCUACAAUUGAGGCUGAACAUGAAGAUUAUUCUAGGUCCAGGACAGUGUAUGAUCAAGGUAUACUCCCAGACUACAAACAUGACCCUUUGUAAGGAACAUAGUCCCUUCCAAACCAAAUUUAAUUCCAGCACUUGAGGCACCCUUUCUACUGAUCAACAGUACUUCUGUUUUGUUAGGGCUUAAUUUUAGCUUGUCAACCCUCAGUCAUUAUCAGAUCCAACCAGUGUUCAAAGAUAUUGGCUUGCUUGGCGUUUUAGGUGACAAAAAGCAAUAGAACCAGGUGUCACUCCUAAGCUCUGAGUAAUUUUCCCAGUGAUUUAACAUAGAUAACUAAAUAAUAUGGCAUCAGGGGUGAGAGAGGGUUAUUACUGCUUCCUUUAAACAUGUGGGGACAGCAUCCUGUAAAAAACCAUUGCCUUACUUUAACCGUGGCAGCAGCCCUUUGACAGAUUUAAUCAGCCAGGGAGGGUAAUAGUUGAAGAAACAGGUAGUAGUCUUCAAUGUUCCUGUCCUCAUGUUCAAAGUCAACAAGCUGUAAAGAAUUCUAUGUAAUGUGACAAGCAGUUGCCAAGGUUACAUCAACCAGACUUGCCUCACUGAGAGUUAAGGUAAACUCUUUUGUCUGCAAAACAUAAAGCAAACCACUCACAUGAAGCCACGGACAGUUGCAGCACCAUCUCAAGACCUCUGUUGAAAAAGACAUUGAACUGUUUAGGAAAACAUAAUUCUAUACAGACAGUAUGGUGAGACCGAAUUUCAGUUUAUUACUGAAACCCAACUUAGUAUUGUUGAAACUCAAAGCAACACAUUGCAUUCCGACUUAAUACUAUGAGCUGGCAUGAGACCUUGGUUGCUUUUCUAAAUCAUCACUGGUUAUAUUACUAUUGUGGGCAUAUUUAAGUGUGUAUAAGUACCUUUAUACUUUUUGGGAACUUGAUGAUACUAUUUAUAAUGGGGAUGGUAUUCUGAAGUAUGUCUAUACUAUGUUGUAAAACAGAGUGUAUAUUUUAUUUUGAUAUUGACCAAUGCUUUAAAACUAAUAAAUGCCACAGACAAUUUAAUGCCAAAAUGUUUUUAACUUACGUAUUGGUGAUCCUUAUGUACUAAUAUCUCCUUUGUUAUGUUUUGAUGUAUCUAUCUUAACUCUGUCCUGGGUUUAACUUUUUGGCAUGGAUUUAAACACAGGUUUAUAAUGAAUGUAUGAAGCUCUGUUUUACUUGCAUGGCAUUGAAAACUCUUCUUGUGUAACUCUAGCUGCUAUAAAAGACUAUGUACUGUAUGUGAACAUGUUUGUAAGUACAAAAUAAAAAUCAAUGUAAUUCCUGUAUGUCUAAAAAAUGACCAAAACUAUUGUCAGUUUGACCUGUUUUCUUUAAUAAAAUUUUGCAUAUUUGUUUUUCCUAAA